CUCAGGGAGGGUAUUCAGAAGCACGUUUGUUCUCACAGAGUCCGGACAGUGAGUAGUACCAGUGUGCCGGCAGCUAGAAGGUAGAGCCGCCCUCUCUGAUCGUAGCAUUCAUCCUACCGCAACAAAAGGACAUCACAUUGCACGGCCUGCGCUCUAGUGUAGCUGUCGGUUGCCGCGAAGUCGAUCACCGCAGGUAGCUGGAGCUCAGUUUGCAUCCGUACGGAGUCGCACUUUUCAUAGGGGUCCGGUGUACGGACAGGGCAGACGCAAGUCCUUCGCUUUGCGCAUGGGCGUGCAAGGGUCCCAGUCGUUGACGUUGUCGCAUCGGAAGGAUUAGUAAGACUGGCGAGACCAUUUUUACGUCAUGCGAGAUUUCUUGCAAUUAAUCAGCGGCAGGGGCGUCGGCCCUGCCCCGCCGUCAAAGACACAAUCCACUAGCGUCGAGGAGAGCAGCUACUCGAACGAAGCACUUCGCACUGGAGUCGAAAAAGUCGUUUUCUUUACGUUUUGUGCAUCAUCUAUGCUGGCACUGGCUGCGCUUGGACUGGGGAUAGGACAGUUUUCUACCGUUUGCGACGUCUCCAUGGCCAUAUGGAACCUUUGCAACGCUGGGAUCCUGUCCAUACUCAGUGUAGCCUCCGUGGCAGCAAUGUAUUAUGACCCACCUGUGUUUACUAUUAUUUCCAGACUUGUCACGAACGCCGACUUCGCCGAAGUUGCCCAACACGGAUCCCCAGCCCUAGUGAUCUUUUUCAGUCUUCUUCUGUUGCCACUCCUACUAUUGAUCUGGUGUAUGCAAGGUUACGUGGGUAUUCUCUUUUCCUUAACAUGCAAGAGCACUGCACCGCUUCUGUUCGCGGGUACAGUUGGGAAUAUCUGCCUAACGAUAGCGGCUGUUGCUGUGGGAGGAAUCUUGAUGACUCACUUUAUUGGGUUGUCGAGUGGAAAAAGUGUGUAUGAAGUCGUUGUCACGAACUUUGCUUGCGAUCCCUUGUAACCUUUGUAAACCGGGUACCCUUGUAGUCUAC